AUGGCGCGCGCUCUCCCCCGGGCCAGCGACGGGUGUCCGGACGGCGGGGCCGCGCGGGGCCCAGGGGGCUGGCUGCGCCGGGGUCAGGGAGGGGCGGCCCGGAGGCCUGCAGGCUGCAGCCCAGGCCGGCGCCGGGCGAGCCCCAGGGGCGCCGGGCGGGACAAAGGGAAGGCAGGAAGGGGAGGGAGGCCGGGUGCCUGCGGCUUCAAAGGCGCCGAAGGCCGCGGAGGGGCCGGGGGACAGCGCGCGGGGUGCAAACAGACCGGCGUGACCGCCGUCCUGCGGCGCAGCUGCGACUCCUACAUGAGGCCGCGCCGCGCCAACCCGGCCGGCAGCUCCCGGCUCUCAGGGCCUGCGGAUACUGAGCACGGCGCAGAGCCGGGAGAGGCCGCGCGGCGGCCGCUCUCCAGACCGGGAGCUCCGCAGCCCCGGAGCCGAGGCGGCGCCAUCCUCGAAUCUCGGGACUCCGACGCCCCCUCCUCCCAGCUCCAGCGAGGUCGCAGGGAGCUCGGCGAGACCGCGGCCCCGGCUCGGACUGGGGUGUGCGAGGAAGCCGGGCGGAGGCGGCUGCGCGCAGGGGGCCGGACGCGGGCCGGGAAAACGCCGACCAGGGACUUUCGGCCGCAGCCGCGCCUCGGAAGGCCGGGCUCCUUCCUGGGUGGCGGGCGCGGCCCCCCGACCCGCCCGACCCCUCCUCCCGCGGCCCGCGUGCUCCAAGAUCUCGGGCUUCUUCGGGUUUGCUUUGUUCCCGACUUGUGCACCGAACAGGGCGCCCUCCCUUCGGCCGCCCCCCGGACUCAGGACCCCGGUCAGUUCGCCUCCACGGCACCGACUCUGGGCUCGUGGGCGCGGCGGAGCCUGCAGGCCCGGCCCGGCCGGGGCGCGUACCCAACCGCGGGCGCCGCAGAACCCGCUCCCUACGAAAAGGCCGCGCCCGGCCCCCGGGAGGGGACAGCAGAGCCUGGAGACGCCGAACCCCGCGUCCCAGGGCGCACUCGCCCGCAGGCCCACCACGCGGCAGCGGCCCGAGCCCCGUGGGGCCUGGAGAAGAAACGAAUUCGGCUCUGGAACGCGAAGCCCGAAAAACUAGCCCGAAACCUCCCCGCCCCAAGUCCUCCUCUCCGCGCGCAGCCGGAGGCCGGGAAGCCCCUCCAGGCCACAGCCACCGCGGGCCGGCCUCUGCGCUGCGCCGCGGAGCCACCGGGCGGGGCCGACCCGGGAAUGCUCGGGGGAGGGCAGCAGGCGAGGGUUCCUUCGCGGGGCCGCGGAAGCUGGGAGCACGUUGGCGGCCACCAGGACCUCGCGGCGCCGGCCGCUAAAGCCCGCAGCCACCCGCGCGCCCGCGCCGGCCGCAGCCGGGCGCUCCCUGUCUUAUCAUUGCUGCUCAAUGGGAAUGCGCUGGCGGAAGGCGGGAGAAGGCGCAGGGGCGAGUGGGAGCGCGUGUUUGGAUCGAGGGCCGCCGGCAGGCCCCGCGUUUGGCCUCUGGACCUGUUGGACAGGUGGCUGAGCCCAGGCGCAGGUAGACCCGGCUUCAAGGCCACGAGGCCCCCCGGGGCUGCCCGGCUCUUCUGGCACCCUGAGGCCGCUCUCGGAUCCGUGCUGUGGCCAGGCCCGGGGAUGCCUGCACGCUUGCGGCAGGAGCAGCCGGCCCGCGGAGCUGUGGGCGGUUUCCAGGAUCCCCGCGGGCCGACCCCGGCAGCCCGGGAGCCGAGGUGGCGCGGAGAGCCCGCGGAUCAAAGGAAUGCGGAGAGAAAGGGGAAGCGCGCGGGCAGCCCCGGCCCGCUCCCCCCGCGGGCGCCGCUGACCCGGGGAUGGGCGCCGAGGGCCGCGGGCGGGGACUCGGGCUGGCCUUCCCGCCCGACACGGGGUUCGGCGGGCGCCCGCUUCGGGCGGUGCGUAGGGGAGGGGAGCCCGGGGCUCGCAGACGAACACCGUGUGGGGAUUUGCAGACUCGUCUCCGGGAAAUGGAGAGAACCAGGGAGGAGAAUAAACCCCGAGGCCAGUACUGAUGCUGCAGGGCGGGGGCCCUGCCUUGGCUUCAGCCUCAGGAAUGAGGGGUCCGGAAGUCCCCAGUCCUGCAGGGUCCACAGAUGCCCAGGCUGCUGGGACCUGAACCCCCAGGCUGCCCAGCGGGGGCCCUGGCGGUUUCCACAUCCGGGCUUUCCGGACUUGCCCUCCAGCCUAGAAAGAAGACAGCCGGAUGCGGGUGCCCCACGCAGCUGCUGGGACCUGACACCUGGGCACGCACACUUGCACAUCCCUCUUGCAUGUACACCACACUCACAUGCACACACAACACACAUGCACUCAGCUGCAUGCGUGCACACACACUCCUCCGCAUGUACGCGUACACACAAGCACUCACAUGCGCGAGCACUCCUGAGAACUGCCGGGGCUCCCUGAGCUGCCCCUCAGCCCUCCCCCUACCUGCCCAUGCUGGGCUCCCAGCUCCGGGAAGGCCACUGUCCUGCUCUGUCUGAAAUCACGAAAUAAAUACUCAUUUUUUAACACAAGGUAUUGGGGGUGUUGGGCAAGUUACAUAAAAUUGUGAAUUAAUCUUUGCUCCAAAUAAAUGCCUGCCUGGCCCGGGGGCUGAUUGUGUG